CGUGAUCGUGACAGUGCAGCAACAUGGUCACCAGUACUGUCGCAUCAGAUGCCUCGCCGCCGCCGCCUAAUGCUGAGAAGAGGAAAGCUGAGGAUGGCUCCAAUGCUAAUGGCAACGCGCACACCAGGUCAAAGAGGAACAGAUAUAUUUCUAUCGCUUGUAAUGAAUGCAAACGUCGCAAGAUCAAGUGCAAUGGCCAAACCCCAUGUCAGCGGUGUGGAAAUCUCUCCCUCGACUGCGUCUACGCUCCCAACUGCUGUACCAACUCUCUCAAAGACUCAGUCGAGUUUGGUCAGAUGCGUGAUCACAUCGCCUUGCUGCAGGAACAGGUCAACGAUCUUUACGCCAGCCUAAACGAGCUUCGAAAUAGGCCAGACGCCAGUCAUAACGGUGGGAUCGAUUCCACCUUCUCCCAAGAUACCUCUGUACGUCACAUGCCCUUGUCCGUGUCCAGGACGUUACCUCCUCUCAUUUCCCCCAAACGUCCCUCUCAAAAGGCCCUCCCUCAGUUUCAUGGUCCGACCAGUACCCUAUAUGGCCUAGACGUGGCCAAGUCUUCGUUACAAACCAUGGGAAUCACUACACACAACAAUAUUGAUGAAGGUCUGGUAUCUGGAGACCGAAGUCGUGCCGUUUCUCCUGUCCAAGUCACAGCAGUGACUCCACAUCCCUCCAAGGAUCCUCUCUGGCUGAUUGAUUACAACGAGGUCGUCCGUCUGUGCGGCAUAUACGAGGAGGAAAUUGGUCUGAUGUAUCCGGUUGUGAAUAUGGAGAAGGUCUUGCAACACGCUAAUGCGUUGUACAAAUUCAUCGGCGCCUCUCUCAGGACCGGACUAGGUCAACCCGGCUUGCCUGGCGCGGACGGCUUUGACGAUGAAGACACCACCAUCCUAAAAAUGAUUCUCGCCGUCACCCUAAUCGUUGAAGGCCACGGCCGGAGCGACCUCGGCAAGCGCUUCUUCGACAGCGCCAAGGCAUCGGUUGACUUGAAACUGGUUAUGGCCAUUGACAUCAAGUCCGUCCAGCUGACCGUUUUGACCGCCAAGUAUUAUUUUCAGAAGGAUGAAGAAGCCCAGGCAUGGCGUUUCAUUGGCAUAGCGGCUCGUAUGUGCAUCGAGAUGGGCUUACAUCGCAAGGACUCGCUGCUCAAGUCCUUCACCAACGAGGCCGAGUAUCAAGAAGCGAUCAGGAUCUUCUGGGCUGUGUAUGCUCUCGAUCGUCGCUGGAGUUUUGGGACCGGAAUGCCAUUUGCUCUGCAGGACACAGACAUCGAUCCUUCUCUCCCGGAACCAGAUGAGAGCCAUCCAUAUCUUCGACACAUUACAAAAUACAACCAGAUUGCCACCAAGGUGUGGUAUCACAAUCUCGCCUACGAAGCUGGGAGGAAUACCAAGAAGGACGAAAUCGGGUUCCUGGACUAUCAAAUCCUGCAAUGGUAUCAGAAUCUCCCUGAACACCUGAGGUUUAAUGGUCAUGAUCUCGCUCGUGAGAACGAAGGUGCUGGGCGGGGCCUCCAACGUCUGCGGUUGUUGAUGUACAUGCGGAGGAACCAAGCUCGGAUUUCCAUCUACCGCCCGAUUCUACAUUCCGCCACCAGCAUCAUGGAGAAUCGUCACUAUGCACAAAACGUCGUUGAUGUCGCAAAGGAUACAAUUAAUACUCUGACUACUGUCAACGAAAAGUCGGACAUCUACAAAACACAGCAGGUCCUUUACAACUACUUCCUCGUCCAGGCACUGGCGGUAUUGUUUUUGGCCGUGGCCCAUGCUCCAGCUGUCUUCUGUAAUCAGACAAGGUCGGAAUUCUACUCAGCCAUUGAGCUUGUCAAGGGGUUCAGUACCAAAUCCCAUGUGUCCAAACGGCUUUGGAGAACUGUGCGAGGCUUAAAAGAAAUGGGCGAUAAGAUCGGCCUUUUGGCUAAAGGGGGUGGCAACCUUGUCGAUCCCGGACAGGAUCCCCAUUCAGACGCCGCUGUCGCCAUGGCUGGGCUGGCUGGACACAAGAUUGACUUUGCUCAAUUCCCUAAUCAGCAGAGGCUCAAUGGCAACGGCAACGGCAACAUCAAUGGGCACGACGAACUUGGGGUGAGUCCAGACGACGCACUGCAAAUUACGAAUGAACUAUCGAGUCUAUUUGAGCUUGCUGGGGGAUACGGGGCCAACGCUACCCCCGGUCCGGACGCAUUUAGCUUCAUGGGCCAGAACGAUGAUGGGGGAUUUGCAGAGGGUUUUAACAAUGCCUUUGGUAACGAGCCUGAGCUGACUCGGAUAAUGAAUGAGCUGUUCUGAUGCAGGCAGACCCCUGACAAGGAUGGGAUACAGAAUAGGCAUUUUCUUGAUAUCAGACACCCGUGAAGUUAUAAUCACGUGAUGAACAUAAAUGCCAAG